AUGUCCACCAUCGCCUCCUCCCGCAAUCCUCCCGCUCCGCUCCGCCGCACCCCCUCCGGCACCCCCACCUCUUCCGCCCGGCCCUCCUCCGACGUCUCCCGCUCCGCCGUCACGUCCCCCGUCCUCUCCGCAUCCCAGCCCGCAACCGGCUCCAAGCGGUCCAACAACCGUGCCGCUCUGCGCGAGUACUACAAUCUCCGGGCUGCCGCCGCUUCGGCCUCGUCGCCUUCAACGCCACGCAUCAUUGAGGUCCCCGACUCGGAGGUUCCUGCCAGCGAGAUCGACGCGCCCGACUUCAAUCUCGAUGAGUACCUCCAAAAGACUGUGGCCGAGAGCACAUUGCAGGAGCUGUUGAAGCUGUACACAAGAGUGCUGGGUGAAGUCAGGGCUUUGGAUGCAGAGAAGAAGGCUCUUGUGUACGACAACUACAGCAAGCUCAUCACAGCAACGGAGACGAUUCGAAAGAUGCGAGCCAAUAUGGAUCCCCUGAAUCCCAUGGCCACAACACUCGAUCCGGCCAUUGCCCACAUCUACAGCCAGGCUUCCGCCAUACAAGAAUCAGUACGAAAAUCAGUACCGCCGCCGGACUCGGACGAGGGCAAAGCACGGGAAGUCCAGCAACGCCGCCACCGCACGAGGCAGCUGGCCAUUGAGGUUCUGGCGACUCCAGAGAGGCUACAGGCACUUGUAAAGGAAGGCAGACUCGAAGAGGCCAGGAGACAGUGGGACAUGCCGAGAAAGCUGCUGGAAGCUUGGAAGCAGAAGGGACUGGGCGGGGACGACGUGCAGACAUGCAUUGACCAAGGCGAUGCGGUCAUUGCCGUGACACGGAAUAGAUCACCGGCACCCGAUGAGAUGGUGUCAAGAGAUGGGCGGUACGGCCCAUUGCAUUCCAACACACAGCCUGCUCUGAAGCAAUGA